CUUCACGGCUUCACCUGUCUGUCUUCUUUUUAUUUUUGUUUUUCUUUUGUCUCCUCGCAUUUAAAGCAUCGAGGCCGAAUCGGACCUCCAGUUCUCGAGACGAGUCGUCUCCAUCUCUCUACGCACCUAACAAUUUCGGCAGGGCAGGACGGCUUCUUCCUCCUCGCCUUCACCUUCGCCGCCUGCGCGGCCGGGACCCGUCGCAAUUGGGCUUGUAAGUUCUAGUUCUUCAUGUCAACUACCAAUCUGAGGCGGCGACUCCAUCAUGGAGACGUUGAUGGAAGGAAAAACGAGCAUGUUGACAUAUCCAGUGCUGAUUCCCUCAAUGAACCUCUAUUAGGGAAGUCCAGUGGUGACAAUUUUGGAUCAGCGGUGUAUGAUCCUAGAAGACAGGACCUGUGGGAUGAUGAUAGAAAGAAAGAACAACUACACUGGUCAUUUCUUUUCUCAAACUUGAUUGCACAAUGGGCGCAAUGGUUAGCAAGCAUUAUUGUAAGCUCUGGAUCUAUCUUUGGUAGAUUAUUCCCCUUCUCUUCAGAGAACCAAAUCAAUCCAGUAUAUCUUAGCCCUCUACAGGAACAAAGGCUGAAUAAUUUAAGACGCAGAUUGCAAAUCCCUUUUGAUGGCUCCCGUAUUGAACAUCAAGACGCCUUGAGGCAACUCUGGCGUUUAGCUUAUCCCACUCGUGAGAUUCCACCCCUCAAAUCAGAAUUAUGGAAGGAGAUGGGUUGGCAAGGCAAUGAUCCAUCUACUGAUUUCAGGGGUGGUGGACUCAUAUCGUUGGAGAACCUCAUCUUUUUCGCCAGGAACUACCCUAAUUCAUUUCAGAUGCUUCUGAGCAAAGUGCAAGGGCAGAGAUCAGAUUGGGAGUACCCUUUUGCAGUUGCUGGUAUCAACAUUUCAUUCAUGCUGGUCCAGAUGUUGGAUCUAAAAUCAAGUAUUCCAUCUUCAAAGUACGGAAUUCGUUUCCUUGAAUUGCUUGAACGGGAUGAGAAUGUGUUUGACCACUUGUACUGUGUGGCCUUUCGGCUGCUUGAUGCUCAGUGGCUUGUGAAACGUGCCUCCUAUAUGGAAUUCAAUGAGGUCUUGAAAUCAACAAGAACUCAACUGGAGCGCGAACUGGUUCUAGAUGAUGUGCUGGAGGUGAAGGACCUGCCGUCAUACACUAUGUUGGAUGAGUAAGUUAAAGCCGAGCUGUUGAACUUGCACGGUGGAGAACUGACUAAGCUAGUGUGAUGGCUAACAGUAUAACGAUAUGUGUCCGAUCCUAAAUGCUUAGGUGGCCCACUUUGCUUGUCUACCUUGCCGCAUUUUCCCACUUGUUGUAUGUAUAUUGAGGUCUUUUGAGGCGUUAUAUAUAAUUCCUUUGUAAAUAUUGUGUUGUUUAUAUGUUGCCUUUCGGACAUGCUGGUUCCAAGGAAAUAAAGCAAUCGGUCUCAUAUUCAUUUUUCA